AUGGAACAUCAGCAUCAACAUCACCAACAACAACCUGAACGACUAAAUAAUGGUGACCUGUUGAUAAAGUUGGUAUUCCCACCAACUUCCUCAGUAGUUAGCAAGACAAUCCAGGUGCGACUUAAUCAAAAGGUUAGCGAGAUAAUAAUAUAUGGCUGUACAACAGCUGACUUGAAUCCAGUUGGUUAUGGUCUAUACGUGCCCAACUCCCGGCUGACAAGCAGGGGACUGUGGCUGGAUGAUCAGACAUUGAUCUCGACGAACUCCCUGUCAAACAUGGACACGGUGCUGAUCAAACGACGACCUGGAUUCAAGAUCAAGAAGAAUGUAUCCUUCUCACAGGUCAAGCCGAUCAAGGAGGGCAAGGUGCAGAAGUUGUCAUCAUUCACGAGGAUCUGGAAUCCAAGAUACUUGCGACUGUUCUCCCAGCGACUGAUCCACGCGUCCAGUGAGAGCGACACAAUGUGCGAGAGCAUACCAUUCAAUGACAUUGUCAAUGUGGACAGGGAACCAUCGCGAAAGUACAGCUUUGUCAUUGUGGCGGUAAUCGCGUUGCCAACAAAUGGGUCGCCGUCAAAGGGUGGAAGUGGCCCAUCGUCAGAGGAAAAGGAGUAUGUGUUCAGAUGUACCAAUCAUAAUGACAUGGAGGACUGGGUCACAUGUAUUCGAAUCGCAUUGAAGAGGACCAGACCAGACUUGUUCCUACCGCCACUCUCUGCGACCAUUGGUGGCAGCCACAGUAGUAGUUCAUUGUCAUUGUCACAAUCAUUCAAUAACUCGAUCAAUCACGGUGAUCAAGGAUCAUCGUCUUCAUCUUCAACGUCAUCGAGUCCUGGAACAUGGCAACCAUUCAAGCCAAGCGAUGUAUCCCAGUCCACCCUGGCAAAGGGACGUUCGUUCUCAUUGUCGUCCAAGAGGAAGGCCAGUGCAUCUUCUUCAAGCUCUAGUCUGGCGCCAGAUAUGCCAGCGCUCACACGUGCUCUGGAGGAUGAGCUGCGUCGGGUCCGGUCGAGUCUAGACAAAGAGGCCAAGGCUCGAAUGGUUCUCGAGAAGAAGUACAAGAAGUUGAAGUUGAAGUAUGCUCAAGCCAAGCUAAAGUCUUCCAAGGAUGGCGCAAGCAACAUCAGGGUUGGCAACUCGAUUGGAAACACGACAACAACAACAACAACCACAUCAUCAUCAAUAUUGACGAGAUUGCGAUCAUUCUCAACAUCGGCGACUUCAACGCCACAGACUGUUGGUGUUGGUUCAGCAUCGGCAACCAAUACGCCAAGGAAGAGAACCUCCAUGUUGAUUGGUUUGGCAAGAUCCAGUUCACAGUCUGUCGAGAAGGAUUCGUCCAUAAGCGAGGUCAGCUCAUUGAUGGCUUCAGAGAUGGCAAGCGCAACUACAGAGACAGAGUCAAUGAUGAGUGCGAUGGAUGAUGUUGGGGAUACCGAUGCCGAAGACGACGAAGAUACAUUGGCCAAGAUUGCCGAGAUCAAGGACCUGAAGGAGCAGCUGGCGAGACUGAAGGAGCGAUUGACACUGGAGAUCACAGGAAGAGAUGAGGCUGAGCUAAACAAACAAUCGGCUGAGCGGACAGUAUUUGAUCAGAAGCUUUCAGAUGAGCGAAGGGAAGUCGAGAUGUCCAAAGAGAGGAGGCAACAAGAUGAACAGAUCCAAUCAAUGAGCGAGUUGGCACAUCGUCUGAAAGAGACCCUGUUGAAGUUACAAUCACAACUAUUACUCAACAACCAACAUAAUAAUGAUGAUGUUGAUGUCGAUUAUGAUGUUGAUGAUGUCGAUGUUGAUGUUGUCGAUGAUGUUGAUGUUGUAGAUGUUGAGGAGCAAGAUGAUCAUAGACCUCAUCAUUGUUCAACAACAUUGGUACGAUUAGAAGUAUAA